AUGGUCGCAAACAACACGAACGCCCCCCUCCGUGUGGCUGUCGUCGGCGCCGGCGUUGUCGGUCUGGCCCUCACCGCCGGCCUCCUCGCGCACGGCAUCGACGUCGUGCUUUACGAGCAUGCCACCACGCUCAAAGAAAUCGGCACCGGCAUCGGGCUCCUUCCGACAGCUGUCACCGCCAUAGAAGCGCUCAGCCCGAGUAUGGCCGAGGCCAUGAAGCGCAUUUCUUUCCAGCUUUCUUUCCGUCUGGGCGUCGUCAAUAGCGCGUCGAAUGAGGAUCUGUCCCUGAGACAAGAGGGCGGCUUGUAUGACUUGGUGGUGCCGGAUGAGCAGGGACGGACCAUGCACACGAUGGCACGGGCAGCGCUGGCGACGACAUUGCUGGACCAUGUCCCGAAGGAGAGGUUGAAGCUGGGCAAGAAAGUGGUGAAUGUGGUGUCAACGUCGGCCAGUGAUCCGGUGAGGUUGGUCUUUGCGGACGGGACCACUGCAGAGGCCGACGCCGUUGUGGCCUGCGACAGCGCCAAGUCCCGCAUCCGCCGCGUCAUGCUCGGCGACGCCCACCCAGGCUCCCUCUGCCAGUAUGCCCACGAGGUCUGCUACCGCGCCCUCGUCGACUCCUCGGCGCUGCGCUCCAUCCUCGGCCCUCUCGCCGACGUCACGGCUAUCUACCUCGCGCCCGGCGCCUACCUCAUCGUGUACCCCGUCGGUGUCCGCGCCAACAUAUCCGUGUACGUACACGACGCUUCACAUUCCCCUCCGCCAGCCAGCCAGAGUCACGGCCGGGUCGCUCCCCGCGCCGAGCUCGCCACCGUGCUGAGCAAGCUUGGUCCCAACAUCCGUGCUAUAGCGGAUAUUCUACCAGAAGAGGUCAGCGUGUGGGCGCUGCAUGACCUACUCGAGCAUCCGCUGGCGACCCUCCACGACACCGCAUAA